AUGAACGUAUACUUGAUGUCCAAAUGUCCAGACGCUGCUCGUGCAAUGCGAGACCUGUCCGCUGUAUACUAUGACAACUCAAAGGUUUUGGACUUGAGAUUCGAUUAUAUUGGCGAGUUGAAUAACAAAACCAAGUACGGCGUAAUUUGUGCGCACGGGGACACAGAGUGCUUUGGAAACAUCCAGCAUCUUUGCGUGCAAAAGAAGGCCGGCACAGACAAGGCACUGGAAUUCAUGCUCUGCCAACAGCGCAACAUCAACCGAAUCGGAACAUACAUUCAGUUGGCCGAAUGCCUUAACAACUCUUCAUAUUGGAUUCCAUCCGUUCGAUGCGCCUUUGGCGAGGAGGUCUGA